AUGAAAAUUCUCACACAAGAAGAAGAAGAAGAACAUUAUAAUGCCACUAUAAAAGGUGGAAUAAAAGGCGGCGCUAUUGGGUUAGGUGUCGCUCUAGGACUCUCUUUCGUAGCGCAACGUUAUUCUCACUUCUACCGAAAUUUAACGUUGCCUUUAAAAACAUUCCUAGUUACAUCUGGCGCGACGGCAACAUGCAUUAUUUCUGCUGAGCGUGCUGGUUUAGAAUAUGAAAGGCAAAGAUACGGAUAUUAUAAACCCGUCAAACAUCACGCUCCGGGGCAAUCAACAACCCAUGCUAUAAAAGAUUAUAUUGCUGAGAAUCGAUACAGUUUAGUUUGUGGAAGUUGGGCUUUAUCCAUGGCUGGAUCUAUAGCAUAUAUCUCGAGGAAUAAAUACUUAACUCUUUCUCAAAAGGUAGUGCAGGCGCGUAUGAUGGCACAAGCUUUAACAAUCGUUUUAAUCCUUGCGACUGCUGGUGUGUCGAUGACUGAUAAAAGAGAACAAAAGGCUCCUCCUGGAUCCGAUCAAUGGAAGGAAAUUGUUGCGGCUGAAGAAAGGAAAAUGAACAAGGUUUCAUAG